CGUGCGUCAGGACCGGAAGCCCUGGAAGGGGUGAGGCCAGUUCCCGGCAGCGAGUACUGGCGGUACCCCGGCUGGAGGGCAGCAGGCGGGAUACCCGGGUGUGGGCCGCGUCCCGAAAAGCCUUUCAGAUCUCUAAAAUGAAAACAAACCCAGGUUUCACAGAGAAAAAGGGAAGGGCAAGGAAGAGAACAGGAGGCCGCCAGCCCCUGCUGCCUGGGAGGCAGCCACGAAGGCCAGCCUUCUACAGUUGCCAAGCAACCAUAAACAGCGCAGGAUCAUGGCCACUAACUACAGUGCCAACCAGUAUGAAAAAGCCUUCUCACCCAAGUAUCUGCAAAACUGGUCUCCUGCCAAGCCAACAAAAGAGAGAAUCUCUUCCCAUGAAGGCUACACCCAGUUUAUCGCCAAUGACCGUGGUCACCUGCUGCCCUCGGUGCCCCGUUCCAAGGCAAGCCCCUGGGGUUCCUUCCUGGGCACAUGGCAGAUGCCGCUGAAGGUCCCCCCUGCCCGGGUGACCCUGACUUCCCGGACAACUGCUGCUGCUGACUCCCUCACCACGUGGAUACAGAAAAACCCGGACUUACUCAAGGCCUCGAAUGGGCUGCGCCCUGAAAUCCUCGGCAAGCCCCAUGAUCCAGACAGUCAGAAGAAACUCAGGCAGAAGUGUGUCACAAAGACGGUAAAGCAAGCACCAAGCGCCACCAUAAUCCCAAGCUCUCCAGCUGCCGACCUCAACUCUCCAGAUGAGCCCCAGAGCCCCCACCCCUCUGCAGGGCACACACCAGGCCCCCAAAGCCCAGCCAGCUGUCCCAAGAGCCCCCCCGGAAGCCCAUGUGUGCAGGAGAACUGAGCAGGUCCUCACUCAGCUGAGAUGGGAAAUGCGCAGCUGGAACUCCAUCAGAGACCCAGGGCCACACCCAGGAAACCUGUCAGGAAGUGAAGUCAACAAGACUUCCAGGCAGGAAUGUGGGGCAGAAAAGCUACGGGAUGAGAGUAAAGGCCAAUUUGGAAAAUAAAUUGUUUGUGAAAUCCCUUA